GUUUGUGUUGCACGUUGUGCCGUGUUUCGUGUUGCUGCCGCGCCACAACUCUGCGCGUUUUUGCCGACGCGUUUUUCGGCCGCCUCCAACAGUGUUGAAGAUCGGAAAAUGUGCUAAACGCCCCCCCCAUAAGCGGAUCACAACCAGAACCUGAACGAUGCCCCAACGCACUCCGAGCCCCGACGGAAUGACCUCCCCGCGCUGCUGCAGUAGUCCGGCCGUGUCCGAUAUCUCUGUGGGCUCGCCCAGCCCGCCCCCGCCAGCCUCCACGAUGCGGGCCCUCAACAUGAAGCGCCUGCGACUCCUGCGCAGUCCCACGCCCCUCCAGAACGGUCGCCUCAAGGCCAGUCAGCCCGGCGAGGGGGGCAUCCGCAUCAAGAGCUUCUCCAUUGCGGACAUACUGGGACGGGCAGACGAUGAGCAGGAUCGGAAGGCAGCCACGCCCAAUCCAGCGGGCGCCGCUACGUCCUGUGUCGCCCCUGUUCCGGCACCUGCCCAUGCGGCCGCUCCAGUGGUGCUCAUCCAUGAGCGUCUCCAGGCGCCGGCUGCUGGUCAGCUGAUCCAUUGCCCCGCUCCAGGCGGACUCCAUCCGUUCCUAUCGCCCGCCCUGCUCCACAGCUAUGAGCAGCGCCUGGCCUGGGACUACCAGCGCCAGCUGCAGGAGCACUUCCAGGCACAGGCGCAGCUCCUCCGCCAGAUGAGCAUGAAUCCCGCCAUAAUACCGUCCGAGGAUGGCAGCUCGGAGCACUCGCAUCGCUCCAGCAGCAGCAACGGCAGCACCGACUGCUGCAGCCCCAAGGAGAAGCAGUCGCCGCCAGAGGGGCCGCCGCCGCCGCCCAACAUGGGGCAGAAGAAGCCUGAAGCUGGGGCAGACACACCGCUGGACGCGCUGUUCCAGUUGUCCACCAAGAACUUUGACGAGGAGCAAGAUCCCUCAACGCUGAACAUCUUUGCAACACGCUCCAAUCCAAAGAAGAAACGCAAGUCCCGCACAGCCUUCACCAAUCAGCAGAUCUUUGAGCUGGAAAAGCGUUUCCUAUACCAAAAAUAUCUCUCGCCAGCAGAUCGCGAUGAGAUAGCCGGCGGACUGGGGCUCUCCAAUGCACAGGUGAUCACUUGGUUCCAAAAUCGGCGCGCCAAGCUCAAGCGCGACAUGGAGGAGCUCAAAAAGGAUGUGCAGAUCACGAAACAAUUACCCGACCAGUCAGCAGAUCCACUGCGACCCCUACACCACCACCACCACCAGCAGCACCAGCAGCAGUACCACCACCCACAUGAGCACCGCCUCGGGCCGAGCUCCCAGACGGCGAGCGGCAUCGGCUCGGAAAAGGAUAAGGACAAGAACAAGGAGGACCUGCGGAUGCUUAAGCUGAUGACUCUGAUGCGCUACUCGGAUGGCAAGUUGCUCUACCAGCAGCCCCCUCCCUUGCCACCAGCCACAGCACCACCACCCCCGCAGAUAAUGCUGCCCCCCCACAUGCCACCGCCCACAUAGCCGACAGACAGCACCGCUCAGCGAUUAGCCUAAUUUGUAAAAUUACUGACUACACACGCUUUCCAUUUGCGUCUAAUUUGCAAAAAAAAAAAAAUAAGAAGAUAUACAAACGCAAACAUGAUUUCCACAUGAUUUUCCUAAUUGUAGUAUUAAAUUUCGAGAAAAUUGCUUGUGAUUUUGUCUCUCUAUAACGUAUGUGCUUUCCCAUGGCACAGGUAGCAACGCAACAGCAGCACGGAACGGAUCUACUACCCCUAACUUAUGCGUAUAUUUAAUGCAAUUAAUUAUGUAUGAUAUUUAACAAUUUGUAUCUUGUAAUUUUAUAUGUCAAUAGUAAACGAAUAUCUGCAGU